UAAAAACUCUUUACACUCUCAAAUACAUACGUAGCCUUGAUUGCAUGCAUGGUCCCUGUUGGUCUCGGUGCGGCUGGAAGGUUAGUUGGUUGAACACAUUCUUCUCCUUUGCUUGCAUUGCAUUGUUGUAUAUCUUCUGAAACAACAUUCUAGUACAUGUACUGAAAAGUUAAAAAUUAAAUUUAAAGUACAAGGGUGUCCAAUGAAUUGGGAGCAGCUCUCUUUCUUCCUUAGUUUCUGUUUUGCUUUGGCACUUGGAUUCAGCUUUUCAGUGAUAGUGCUAAAAUUAAAGAGGAGUUUGCUUCAGUGAUACCCUUGCUUGUCAUUUCCAUAGUACUAGAUGCUGUCCAAGGUGUCAUGCAAGGGGUGGCUGACCUUAACCCCAAGAGAGAGAUGAGAGGGAAACUAAAGAGGGUGAUGGGGGUACCAACAUAUGCCCAAAUGAUUCAACGACCUAAGCCUAUAGAGGGAAAGAAGUGGCUGAUGAAAAGAAGUUUAGAAAAACAAGAAAGACAACUCAGAUGGUGGUCUAGGGAGAAUUCUAUUAUUGUUGCUCCUGCACCUCAAGAUGAUGCAAGUAUUGGCAAUGGAAACAGGUUUUGGUUACUUAGGAGAGAGGCUACAAGAGGCCCUAUCAGAGGACAACCAUUGCUGGAUGAAGAUGAUUCUUGAAAGGAAAAAUUUAGUGGCUCGAAGGAGAUUCAACAGGAACAUUUUAGCAGCGAAAUAUCAACAUAUGGCAUCAAAAACUGCAACCCUUUGGUAUGGGUCAAGAAUGACAACAAGGUUGGUGGGAAAGUUUGGGAGGUUGAGAAGAAAGUGGUAGUGUCAUAUGGAGGGAAUGAAAAAACAAUGAUAGGAAAAAUCAAUAUAUAAUAUGGAAAGACAGUGAUCAAGAAGGAGCAAUCCAAGCUCAGGAGAAGCACAAGGAGGGGUCAAGCAAGAUGCACCAAUGAAGCUAGUCUCUUUCAAUGUUAGAGGCCUAGGGGGGACGGCAAGAGGAAAGUUUAUCCGAAAAAUCAUACAAAAAGAAGAAGUUCAAUUCAUAUGCAUCCAAGAGAAGAAAAGAAAAAAAAAAAAAGAGGUAAAUGGCAAACCCUUACGUUACUAUUUAUGGGGAGAUAAUGAUGUAGGGUGGGUAGCCUCACCAUCUAUUGGCCAUGCGGGAGGGUUGCUUUGUAUGUGUGAUUCAAAUUAUUUUCUACUUAAAAAUGAGUUUGGAGGGAGAGGAUAUGUAGGACUAGAAGGGUUGUGGAAAGAUAAGGAGAGGGAUGUUGUUAUAAUCAAUAUUUACGCUCCUAAUGACAUUGAGGGUAGGAGAAGAAUGUGGGAAGAGUUAAGAGAGAAAAAAACAAGUAGCACAAUUACUUGUUGGUGUUUGAUAGGAGAUUUUAAUUGUGUGAAGAGGGCUUAUGAGAGAGUAGGGGUAGCGGGGGAAGAUGAAAAUGUUGCUGAGAGGGAUCAGUUCAAUGCUUUCAUUAGAGACAUGGAACUAGAAGAUGCACCUUGUGUAGGGAGGAAAUUCACUUGGUACCGCCCAAAUGGAAGGGCAAGGAGCAAGCUUGAUAGAAUGAUGACAACAAGAGAUUGGUUCACAAUGUGGCCGGGAAGUACACAAUACAUUCUUGAUAGGAAUAUACCGGAUCAUUGUCCAAUUUUUGUCAAGAAUAAUUGUGUUGAUUGGGGACCAAAAUCUUUCAAGGUCCUUGAUUAUUGGUUCUCGGAUAAAAAGUUCUCAAAAUACGUGGAGUCUUGGAAGGCUAUUAGAUGUGAAGGAUGGGGAGCUUGUACUAAAAGAAAAGCUAAAAGAGUUGAAAAAAUAUCUAAGAGUGUGGAACUUGGAGCAUUUUGGAAACUUGGAAAAAAGAGAAUCACAUAUUUCAAACCAAUUGAACUUGAUUGAGUUGAAAGAAGAUGAAGGUGGCUUGGAAGAGGAUGAAGUAGUGAGGAAGAGGGAACUACAAGGAGAGUUUUGGAGGAUGUUAUCUUGUAACAAAUCUCUCAUCAAAUAAAAGUCUAGAGUAAAGUGGUUUUUGGAUAAUUCAAAAUUCUUUCAUUCCUAUGUCAAUUAGAAGAGUCUUUAGGGGAUCUCUGUUUGAUAAACAAAGUAACAUCCAUGAAGCUCUCUUUCACAUUUAGACUUGGUUAAAAAAUCUGGACAUAUAUCAUUUGAUUAUUCAUAUGAUCAAUGGUAUGUUUGUCCUAGAAAUUGUAUCAGAAAUUAAAACAAAGACAACAACGGCGGGUGAUGAUGUGCGCAAAGGCUGGACUUGCGUUCUGUAAAAAUAGAAGUGUAUGCAGCUGUUUUGUAAUUUCUUUAGUCUAAUUUUUGUAAUACUCAUAGUUGACUAUUUACAUACGCACUUGGGCGGGCUUACCACUUUUAUUGGCUACUGGGUAGGAGUUUAUGUGGCAAUGCUUCACUUUCUUGACAAUGGUUAAAAGGUAUUAUUAUCUAAUUAUUGGAUUCUAAUACUUAUUAACCAUUGCGGACAUGUUUCUGUAAUUUUUUUAAGGUACCACUGGUACCAUUU